AUAUAUAUAAUACUUGUUUCUUUCCAAAUAGAACAGCUAGUCGGAAAGCCAUGGCAGAGAAGAGCAGCCCAAAGGAUUUCGUGAUCGCAAUGCCUGUAAACCCAACGAUGUCAAACUCAGAAGAACACCCUGACACAUUUUCAACAGGAAUCCAGAAAGGAUCCUCUCAAGAAAAUCUCACACAGAGAAUCGUAUCAUCGACCUCUCCAACUUCUCCUUUGUCCGACAAAAUUGAAAGUCCAAACCUAAACGAGUCUCAAAAAAGGGACAAAGAUGCCACUCCUUUGAAAUCUGUAGUCGAAGAUGAGGAGGAAGAUGAAAAAACCCAAGCUGGUAAUGAAAGCGCAAAUUGGGAUAAGUGGACGUGGUUAGUCAUAUUUGAGUGGGUUGUAUUGGUCUGCUGUACGGGAUGUACAGUUGCUAGCUUAACCAUAGACCCCUUAAAAAACCAUGUGAUUUGGGGUUCGGAAUUAUGGAAAUGUUUUGUGCUUGUGCUGGUUUUCUUCUGCAGUGGACUUUUCACCCGAUGGAUGAUCAAUAUUGCAGUUUUCUUCAUGUGUAGUAACUUUGUCAAGCAGCUUGUUAGAUGCGAGAAGGUUCUGUAUUUUGUUCAUGGAGUGCGGAAGAGUGUUUGGCUUUGUAUGUGGGUGUUGUUGGUUCUUCUAACUUGGGUUUUGUUGUUUGAUGUUUACCAAAUUAAGAGAUCAGAGAAAGCCACAAGGAUUGUGAAUUUGAUUAGGAGAGUUUUUUGUUCUUCUCUUCUAGGGACACUUAUAUGGCUGGGAAAAGCUAUUCUUGUGAAGAUAUUAGCUUCUAAGUUUCAAGGUAAAAGAUUCUUUCGUAGGAUUCGCGCAGCAAUCCUUCAUCAGCAUAUAAUUGAGGUGCUCAAUAGGCGACAUUUGACUCAAACUAAGAUCAAUUCAGUCAUUUUCAAGUGGAUUUCUGAGUUUGGGGGGAUGAAGAAAGCCUCUGCCUGGACCAUUAAUGGAUUUAUGAAAGUCGCAAAUGGUUCAGUGUUAAUUGUUGCAGAUGCUGAUACAGCAAAUAAAGCUGCUAUUCAGAUUUUCAACAAUUUAAUUCACCAAAAGUCAAAGAGCUCUAUGAGAAAGAAAAGCAUAACAAAGGAUGAUCUCUUGUCCUACUUUGAUAAUGAUAAGGACAUUGAACAAGUUCUUCGAAAACAGUUUAAGAAUGAAGAGAUCACCAACUCUGAUUUCGAGGAUUGGCUGGCAAGUUCUUCUGUUUUUCUUUAUAUAUCUUCCAUGCACCAGCUUAAUUCUUUUAGAGAGUUUUUCAAAUGCUUCCCUACAUUGAUUGUUCUUGGGUGUUCAUAUGAAAAAGUUUACAACCAGCGUAAUUCGUUGGCACGAAGCUUGACAGAUUCCAAGACCGCAAUUGAAGAGCUCGAAAGGCUUGCUAAUGUGAUUGUAGCUAUUGUGAUCCUCGUUUUCUGGUUAUAUCAAAUGAGAAUUUUAACAAUAGAAGCACUUGUCUUCACUUCUUCUCAACUUCUGCUUCUGACAUUCAUGUUUGGUAACACUUUGAAGACCGUAUUUGAAGCCAUCAUAUUUGUAUUUGUGGUGCACCCUUUUGAUGUCAAUGACUAUUGUGUCAUCGAUGGAGAACAGUUGCUUGUUGAUGAGAUGAAUCUAAAUACAACAAUCUUUUUAAAAGAUGACAGGGAGAAAGUAUACUAUCCAAAUUCAGUUUUGGCUACAAAACCCAUUAGCAACUUUUACAGGAGUGACAAGAACAUUGUUGAUUCUAUCGAAUUCACUGUUGAUGCUUCCACAAACGCAAACCAAAUAAGAUCCCUUCGAAAAGAUAUCAAAGGUUACAUGCAGUCCCACGAUGAUUGUUAUUCUGAUCCCAGCGUAGUGGUUGAGGACUUUGAUGACGUGAACAAGAUAAAGCUGGGUGUCUAUUUUAGGCACACCAUAAACUUCCAGAACUACGGGAAGAAGAGAAAGCGAAGGUCUAAGAUAGUCUUAAAGCUGAAGGAAAUUUUGGAAAGUCAUCAAAUCAAAUUUCAUUUUCUGCCUAAAGAAGCUUCUUCCGAUGGAAAAUCUUCUCCGUUACCUCUUGCUAAAAAAUAGUCAAUUUUCUUAUAUGCCAAAUAAAUUUCACCUUUUUAUGUACUAAUUUUGUACUUGCUCUUUUUUUCUCUUUAUUUUAGCUCUGCUAUUUGAUCUUCAAUUAAUAGAAUUCACAACUUUAA